UGGCUUCAUGAUGCCCUUUACUGAGCUCUCCUACCUCCUGGGGCUGCUGGCCAUGGCAGGCCUAGCCUGGAACACCCAGUCCCCACUGGAACAGAGCUUCGAUGACCUGCCACCAGUCACCUGGGACCCCGUGGAGCAAUUCAAGGCCUUUCAGAUGCAGUAUAACAGGAGCUACCCAGAUGCAGCAGAACAAGCACGCCGCUUUGAGAUCUUUGCUGACAACCUGGCCCGGGCCAAGCAGCUGACGGAGGAGCACAGGGGUAUGGCCCAGUUUGGGGUGACCCAGUUCAGCGACCUCACAGAGGAGGAAUUUCGCCAGCUCUACCAACCAUCCCGAACCAGCUCCUCAGAUCCCAGGCUAAAGACAGGAGGGUACCCAAGACUGCAGAGGCUGAAGGCUCGUUCCUGUGACUGGAGGAACGCAGGGGUCCUGACCCCUGUGAGAGAUCAGAAAACAUGCAACAGCUGCUGGGCCAUUUCAGCUGUGGGUAACGUUGAAGCCUUGUGGGCCAUCAGAUACCAGAUGCAUUUCCAGCUCUCUGUGCAAGAAGUGCUGGACUGUCGCCGCUGUGGACAAGGCUGUGAGGGCGGCUACACCUGGGACGCCUUCUCAACCAUCCUCAGCCAAAGAGGCCUGGCCGAAGAGAAGGAUUACCCCUACAGAGCCCAACCCUCCCCCAGAGGCUGCCAACUAAAGAAGAAACGGGCCUGGAUCUCGAGCUUCUUGAUGCUGCCCAAGGAUGAGAACUAUAUAGCUCAGUAUUUGGCAGAAAAGGGACCCAUCACUGUGACCAUCAAUCAAAAACUCCUGCAGACCUACAGAAGAGGAGUGAUAAGACCCUACCACAAUUGUGACCCCCAGGAACUGAACCACUGCGUACUGCUAGUGGGCUUUGGCCAGAUCCACAACUUUACCUACUGGAUCCUAAAAAACUCCUGGAGCAGCAGCUGGGGAGAAAGGGGCUACUUCCGGCUGCACCGAGGGAGUAAUGCCUGUGGCAUCGUGGAGUACCCAGUCACCGCUCUCAUGAAAGAAACCCAAGCCCCCAGCAUUCGCUGCCCCAGCUAGACUCCCCUGUGCCGCCUCUCCUGCCAGGAUGCUCAUUCCCUACAAAGCAUCCUGUGCUUUGAAUGCAAUAAAGCUGUUGGGCCAGUCUCCAAAAUGAAUUGGCAAAUGGAGGGAGGGAAAGCUCAUCGUGAAAGAAGCAAACUUAGAA